CGUUGUUUUAAAAGCGGUUGCGCGGCUUUGGCAGAAAUAUCGUCGUUAAUUAACGGAAAUUCAACUUUUGCUGGCAUUUGUUUUAAAACGCAGAAAAUAAUUGAAACUGCACACAGAUCCUGCCGCCAACGUCGAGAACACGAAACAACCGAACCAUGAAGGAAACCACGACCGAACAGACAUCCCAUAUUAAAGACGUGGAGUUGUCGGAAUCGCUGCUGAAGAUUGCCAAGCGAGAGUUGCGAGAGGACAAAUGCACGCGUGAACAGAGUUUGGAGCAGUUGCGGAAUUGGGUGUUGAAGAAUGAGGAUUUGCGAAAUGUGCGCUGUGAUGAUACCUUUCUGUUGAGAUUUCUGCGCGCCAAGAAAUUCAGUGUACCCAUGGCCGAGCAGACGCUGCUCAAGUAUUUGAACAUUCGACGCACCUUUCCACACAUGAGCACCAAGCUGGACUUCCUGGAGCCGCGCCUGCGCGAUCUCAUCGAACAGGGUUACAUAUUUGCGGUCCCACAGCGGGACAAACACGGACGACGCGUCGUUGUUAUCAAUGCCAAAGGUUUGAAUCCAAAGUUUCACACCAGCUGCGAUCAGGCCAAAGCACAUUUUCUCACCUACGAGUGCCUGAUGGAGGAGCAGGAGACCCAAAUAACGGGCCUAACGCACGUUGGUGAUUUUGCGGGCGUCUCAACGGCCCAUGUCACCAAUUGGAAUCCCACAGAGUUCGCACGCAUCUUCAAGUGGGGCGAACAAUCGUUGCCGCUACGUCACAAGGAAAUACAUUUGAUCAAUGUGCCCUCCACACUGAAAUGGCUGAUUGACUUUGUGAAAAAUCGCGUCAGUUCCAAAAUGAAAAACCGCCUGAUCAUCUACAGCACCGAGAAGGAACUGAUGAAGGGCGUAGAUGCGGCCUGCCUGCCCCAGGAAAUGGGCGGCACCAUGCCCAUGCGAGAGAUGAUUGAGCUGUGGAAAACCGAGCUUUUGGCCAAACGUGAUUUGGUCCUGAGCUUGGAUGAGAGCGCUCUGUUGAGCGAUCGUGGCAUUCAACGUCGCAGCAGCUACAAUUCGGAGAAGAGCAGCUCGGGCACCAAUUUCGUCUCACAGAUCGAGUCCAUUGAGGGCAGUUUUCGAAAACUGGAGUUCGACUAGGCCCACAAUAACAAUACAACAAUACAAUUUAAUAUCUAGUAUUAACUGUAAUUUUUAAUGGCGCUUGCAUGCGCCACGCUUUCUUUGCAUUUCAGUGAUUAAAGGUGGAAAGGUUCGCGUCCACCUGCCACGCCGGCACAGGCUUGCUUUUUGAGAGGGGGCACCCGCUUUAAUAUUCCUGCGCUUUCUUUCAUUUGUAAACUAAUUGUUUGUACAAUAAAAAAAAGGAAACAAAA